UAGAACAUAAAUUUCUAGGGCUUCCGCAGCGAACUUCUAAAGUUCAGAACAUGCCAACACAAUCCCCUAAUUUAGUCUAGUUGGUGACAUCGUCGGUGGGACAUACAGCAGACCAAAAUCGUAAAAUCGUACAAAACAUGCCAGCAUAACGGUUUGCAUGGGCAUAUCUCAUUGUGUGUGUGUUGUUGUAAAAUAUUUUACUUAAAUGCAUUUUUGUUAAAAAAAAAGGUUAUGGAACUAUAUGGUAUUUCGGUGUUUUAAUUCGCUAUAAUUUAUAUUCAUAAGAAAUCGUUAUGUGAAAAUGUUGCGUAAAAUUCAAAAAAUCAUGCAGAUAUAUCCACAUAAAUGCACUAUUACAUAUAUAUUUAUGUAAAGACAAGUGAAUUUUAAAUACACAUUUAAUUAUGUAGAUCGAAAAUAUAUGCUAUAACUAGAAAAUAUGAAAAAAUGUGAACGCGCAGGAGCCUGUAUCUUAAGGUUUCCUUAUAAAAGUGGUUAGACAAUAGUGAAUAUGAAACACAGCUCGUCAAGACACCAAUAAAUCGUUAAAUUCUCUUAUGGAGAAAAGCACAAUGAAGCGAAAACAGAGACGAUACAGAACCACAUUCAACUCAUUGCAGCUGCUAGAGCUAGAGCGCGCCUUCCAGCGUACCCACUACCCGGACGUCUUCUUUCGCGAGGAGCUGGCGGUGCGCAUCGAUCUUACCGAGGCGCGUGUACAAGUUUGGUUUCAGAAUAGGCGUGCCAAGUGGCGCAAGCAGGAGAAAGUCGGUAAUGAUGCGCCGGGUGGCAAUCUGCAAGAGACCGAAGAUGGUCUCGGCGCGCAGACCACGUAUGCGGAUGAAAACGCCAUCGCACAGCUGGACAACUCCUUAGGCACUACCUUGUUACCAGACACACCGCCCCAGUCCGCAAAUUCGUUGGACAAUGAGCCGAAGGCACCGUUCGGCGCCGGCUGUCUAUCACCGUCUCGAAUGUCACCAAAUAUAUUUCUCAAUCUCAAUAUCGAUCAACUGGAACGUGGCGGCGGCGUCUCCAUGGAGUGGUCAACUUAUCCGCCCACGAGUACAAUGUCCAGCAUGUCGCAUACGCUGACGCAAUCGAACACGCCACCUCCCCUAAUUAUUACAAACACCAAUAACAAUAACAGCAAUAUGGCGGAUCCGCAAAGCAGCCAUCUCAAUCACAAUACCAGCCUGAGUAAUCAUGUGAGCCUGCUGAGCGGUGGUCUUAACCCUUCUCUAGAUCUGGACGCAACAACAAAUUCGACUUAUGACGAAAUGAAAUUUCUCAACGUCGAUCAAUUUACAAUUGAUAACUUCAAAGCCGAAUGCAUUCUGAACUUGGAUCAGGCGCUGACAUUGGAUGAUAAGCCGUCACUGGAUCAUCUGGGUCAUGGACUAUCGUUUGAAACCGGCCCGCCGAUGGAUGGCUGCGGUGUGGUCGUACAUCAAACGCUGGAUCAAAUACACCACCAGCAACAUCAGCAACAUCAACAGCAACAAAACGAUGAUCACAUGCAAAUGUUGCAUCAUCAGCAACAACAACACGAUGCCCUACAUCAUAAUCAGCUACACCAAAUGCAACAACAACAUCAUCAUCAUCAUCACCUACAACAUUCCAGUCUAUCACAUCUUAUGCACAGCUCCAGUCAACUGCAUGGCUCCCAGCACCCGAGCGCCUUGAGCUUAGAUUUGCCCUCGUUUAGCUUAUGCGGCGACGACGAUCAAACCAAAUCGCCGCCCUCUUUGUUGUCGUUAGACAAGCCACUAUCGCUGAAUAUCAGUGUGGACGGUAUUGGCGAUCUGGUGGAUGAUAAGUUCUAAAAUACGAAGGAAUGUGCUUUGAUUGGAGUAAAGUCAAAACUUUAUCGAGGCUAACCAUGGAAAAUCACAGUUUCGCAGUUGCAUGCAAUUCAUCAAAUCUACAAUAUGGUUAAAGCUUUUUUUGGAAUUAUUCGGUCCGCGAUAAAAUUUCGAAAACUAAAUGCUUUAAUGAAGCUUUGCCUAAGGUUGGCAGCCUCUCAGCUCUUUUUGAAAGACACACAGAAAACUCUCAAACACCAUCUACAUAGUGAGGCUAUCAUUCAUCGAUUAAUAGCAUAUUGUUUACAAGCAAUAUCUAUUACGAUAUAUUAGGUCUUAACAAUAAGCACUCUCUUCAGCUGCCUCCAAAACGUCAAAAAUGCUUUUCUUCCACUUGUAUAUUCACACCAAGUGCACACAAACCCAAAUACUAUCAUGAGUGCCGACUAGUUCUGUUAUAUUCAACUUACUAAUCCAACAUCCAAAAUACUGUCCAAUCAACAUAUAACGGGUUUUUCAAUAAGAGCGCUACCAAAGCUUUUUUAAAUAAAACAAAAACGGUUUUGAUCACAAGUCUAGACGCUGAACCCAAUUUUCGACAGUUUUCAAGCAUAAAUCGGCCGAUGACUGGGCCAUUUCGUGAGAUAACACGUUCACCAAACUUGGUUUCCAAUAAAUCGAUUGUGAUAUUCGCUGUGUAGCUUGUGGCGCCGUCUUGUUGGAACCACAUAUUGUCCUAGUCCAUAUCAUCAAAUUCGGGCCAAAAAUAUUCGGUUAUCAUUGAGCGGUAGCGAUUCCAAUUCACAGUACUGAGCCGGUCUUGAUCAUCACGGAAGAGUACGGACAGAUGUAUGCUGCCGUACCAAACCGUAAUUUUUUCGGGAGGCAAUGGUAACUCAUGGAGUACGUGUGGUUUGCUGCCUGACCAAUAACGCAUAUUUUACUUAUUGACGAAGCCAUUCAGUCAGAAAUAAGCCUCAUCAAGAUGAUUUUUCGAUGAAAAUUCGGAUAAUUUUCAAGUUGUUGCUCAGCCCAAUUCACGAACAUACGACGAUUCUGGUGGUCAAGCGGUUUCAGUUCUUGCGUCAGUUUGAUCUGGUAAGAAUGUAAGCCAAGAUCUUUUCGCAAAAUUCGCCACAGCGACGUCACAGAGAUGCCCAACGCUUGAGAACAACGUGUGAGAGACUGAUUUGGGUCUUCUUCAAUUGAUGCGCUAGCGGCAGCAAUAUUCUUGAUACAAUGAGCACUUCUUUGUCUCACUGGCACGGGAACAAUUUGUAAUGGUCUGUGGAUUAAAAUUUUUCCAACAGACGCUCAAUUGUUGAUCUGACA